AUGGUGGAUACCCAGGUCAAGGAGGGUAUCAUACGUAAAGGAGGAUAUCAAGGAGGUGGUGGAUACCCCAGGAAUGGUGGGUACCAAGGUGAAGCCGGACAUAAUGGAGGAGGCUACUAUGGUGGUGGUGGAUACCCCAGGAAUGGUGGGUACCAAGGUGAAGCCGGACAUAAUGGAGGAGGCUACUAUGGUGGUGGUGGACGGAAUGGAGGUGGGUACCGUAAUGGAGGUAAUGUUGACGACAUAAGUAACUUAGGUGGUGGUGGUAUCCAUGGUGAUGAUAUUCUAGUAGACGUAUUAGCAUGUUUAGAUAAAAUCAGUGGUUUUCUUUCAUUGGAUUUUAAUAUGGAAGUGGUUUUAGAUAAUGGAUCGUAUUUUGCAGUUAAGGCAUGUCAGAGGAGAAGUGAGCUUGUUAAGGAUCAAGCAAGAGAGAGGAGAGCAUAA